GCACCAACCUCUUCAACGGCGUUUUCUGGGAGCCGAAAGAGGAGGAUCGCUUCAGCUUCAAGCAUGCCCGGCCGGAGAAGCCUGCCAACCUCAAGAUCUAUGAAGCGCAUGUAGGCAUGGGAACAGUCGAGCCGAAAGUCUCCACGUAUGUCGAGUUUGCCGAUAACGUGCUUCCACGGAUCAAGCGCAUGGGCUACAACUGCGUACAGCUCAUGGCUGUGGCCGAGCACGCGCACUACGGCUGCUUCGGCUACCAUGCCCCUGGGCUGCAGGGGAUCGCAUCGGCUGAAAGACUGAAAGCUGUUCAGAGCAGGUAA